AGACCAGACCCGUAUGUAGCGAAACAUUACGAUUUGUUGCUUCUACGCUCUACAUAGUAGGAAGUGAGAUUUCUGCAGAGUAACUUUCUGGAUUGAAGUGCCAGCUUGUUCAAAACAUCUUCAGCUUCUUUUGACCCCACCGACUAAAGCAUUCAAGAACUAGUGGAACUAACUUGGGAAUUGAACCUCAAGUAGCAGACAGUAGCUCAACAUCUCAUGACAUAAUGGUGACAGUUACUGUUCGACUUAUUCGAUCAUUUGAAUAUCGAUCUGUAAAAUCUUUGGUCAUACAUCAGGUGGACGUAUCACAGACAGUAGACGAAUUUACUCAGAGACUCAAACAUGAGAUUCAAACAAAACCAGGUCUUCUGUUACCAUUUCGAAGUCAUUCUUAUGACACACUGAAACUGUACUGUCAUGCCCAAGGAAUGAAGCCAAACGACUUAGUAAUCAACAGAGACAAUGACAGUGAUCUAAUCCUAAAAUCAGACAAUACAUUGUCUGCUUACAGCAUAGCAAAUGAAACUGAGCUAUCUUACUUCAACAUGCAUGAGUAUGAAGCUUACAAGUUUGGCAAUGAAACAAAGUGGUAA